AACUAUCUUCCCCUACUCUUGGUACGUGGAAUCAUUUUCUCCCCUUUGUACUCUCUGCAACCUUUUCAUCCCGUCAUUCGUCUCCCCUAACCGGUGUGUAUUGUCGCUCUUCAAUUUAACCCCCGCUCAUCCUCUCUCUUGAAAUCCCCGGGGGAAAGCAUCAGCCACCGCUUUCUUGGCAGCCACACAUUCUGCCACAAAGCCUUACCGAGUCCGAGUUUCCACAGAUCCAGAUUAUUGACGUCCAUUCAUCCCACUAGGUUCAAGGAACAUCUUCUCAACGCACAAUCAUCAUCAUGGAUCAGGCAAAGUUGGCUCGCAUGCAGGCUAGCGUGCGGAUUGGAGGCAAGGGCACUCCCCGCCGCAAGGUCAAGAAGGUCCACAAGUCCUCCGGCGCCGACGACAAGAAGCUCCAGGCUACCCUGAAGAAGAUGAACGUCCAGCCCAUCCAGGCCAUCGAGGAGGUCAACAUGUUCAAGGAGGACGGAAACGUCAUCCACUUCGGUGCUCCCAAGGUCCACGCCUCCGUCCCCUCCAACACCUUCGCUCUCUACGGUAACGGCGAAGAGAAGGAACUCACCGAGCUCGUCCCCGGUAUCCUGAACCAGCUUGGCCCCGACAGCCUCGCCUCCCUCCGCAAGCUCGCCGAGAGCUACCAGAACAUGCAGAAGAACCAGGCCGGCGCUGAAGGCAAGAAGGAUGAGGAUGAGGAUGAUAUCCCUGAUCUGGUUGAGGGCGAGAACUUCGAGAGCAAUGUCGAGUAAAUUCAUUAACCAUAUCAUAUCAUAUCAUGGGUUUUAAUUGAUUGAUAUAAAAAAUGUGAACAAAGACAUUAAAAAAGGGUUGUCUUAAUCUUUUUUUCUUCUCUUCUCUUUUCUUUCUUCAACUUAACUCUCACGCUUUUCGCUUUUCGCUUAAUGCUUUCUUGUUAUUCAUGAGGACUUUACUAUUCCGGUUCCUUUUGGUUCUUUGGCACUGGGCUCUAGGGAUGGGAUUCAGGGGUUAUUGUGUUAUUGGGUUUGAUGAUUGCGAAAUGGUGCAAUGGGUGAAGAUGAUGGGAGGGAUCUUGUCUACAGAGUUCAAUGAGAACGUGCUACGACUA